UAGAUUAAAUAUGUAAUUGGUUUAGAAUAUGGCUCCCGGAAUCAUGCAUAUUGUUCAUAUUGUUCAUAUCCAGUGCCUAUUCCACAAAGUAAACUAUCCAUUGUGAAUUAAUACAUAAUCUUAGUCCUUAGAUCAAACCAAAACUCAUAAGUCAUAACCCUUCUUGCUCCUGUUGACCUUUCCCUUCUUCAUGAUUGUAACCUGAAAAUAUUUGCAUCUUCCGUUUUUCUUCUAAACAACCUUUGAUCAUAUCAAGUACAGAAUGUCUGAAAAACAACCAUACCGAACUUCUUAUCACUUUCAGCCCCAGCAAAACUGGAUGAACGUAGAUCCAAAUGGGCCUAUGUACCACAAAGGUGUUUACCAUUUUUUCUACCAAUAUAAUCCCUAUGCAGCAACCUUCGGAGAAAAGAUGGUGUGGGCUCACUCUGUAUCCUAUGAUCUCAUCAAUUGGAUUCACUUGAAUCAUGCUCUUGAACCAACUGAACCCUAUGACAUCAAUAGUUGCAUAUCAGGUUCUGUCACUAUUCUUCCAGGGGAAGUACCUGCCAUUUUUUACACAGGGAUUGAUGAUAAGAAGCAUCAAGUACAGAACUUGGCAUUUCCAAAGAAUCUCUCAGACCCUUUCUUGAGGGAAUGGGAGAAACACCCUCAAAACCCUGUCUUGACUCCACCUGCUGGAGUUGAAGUGGAUAAUUUCAGAGACCCUUCCACUGCUUGGAAGGGAGAGGAUGGAAAAUGGAGAGUAGUCAUUGGUGCUCACCAUGGUGAUGAAGGCAAAGUGAUUCUCUUCCAAAGUGAAGAUUUUAUUAAUUGGACAUUGUAUCCAAUUCCAAAACCCUUUUUUGCAAUAGACAAUACUGGAGUUGAAUGCCCUGAUUUCUUUCCUGUGUCCAUAAAUAGCACAAAUGGGGUUGAUACCUCUGUCCAAAAUCCUGGUGUUAGGCAUGUGUUGAAGAUAAGCCAUCAAGAAAAACAGCUUGAGUACUAUUUUAUUGGUAAAUAUGACUCUGAUCACGAAAACUUCAUUCCUGAUGUUAAAUUCACAGGAACUAGUCUGGACUUAUGUUUAGACUAUGGUAACUUUUAUGCUUCCAAGUCAUUUUUUGACUAUGCCAAGAGCAGGAGAAUAUUGUGGGGAUGGGUGAAGGAAAAUGAAACCUCACAGGAUGAUAUUAAAAAAGGAUGGGCUGGGCUGCAGUCUAUUCCAAGGCAAAUUUGGCUAGACAAAAGUGGGAAGCAAUUGGUACAGUGGCCAAUUGAAGAGGUGGAAAAACUACGUGGCACACAAAUUAGUAUAAAGGGUGAGAAACUCCUUAGUGGAUCAACUCUUGAAGUCUCUGGCAUCACGGCAUCACAGGAAAAAGUGUUGUUUGAGCUACCUGAACUGGAAAGGGCAGAGUGGUUGGAUGCUAGUGAAGUUGAUCCCCAACUACUUUGUAGCCAAGAAUAUGCAUCAAGAAGUGGCAUAAUAGGACCAUUUGGUUUGUUAGCCUUGGCUUCAGAGGAUCUCACAGAGCAAACUGCAGUGUUUUUCAGAAUUUAUAGAGCUCCCAACAGAUAUGUAUGCCUGAUGUGCAGUGACCAGAGCAGGUCUUCACUGCGCAAGGACCUUGAUCAAACCACGUAUGCAACUAUCUUCGACAUUGAUCCCAAUCUCAAAACGAUUUCACUCAAAAGCUUGAUUGAUCACUCCAUUAUUGAGAAUUUCGGGGAGAGAGGAAGAGCUUGCAUCACUAGUAGAGUUUAUCCCUCGUUGGCUAUAGACAAAGAUGCACAUCUUUAUGUAUUCAACAAUGGAGUACAGAGUGUCGUGAUCACUGAACUCAAUGCUUGGAGCAUGAAGCAAGCUGAGCUUGGCCAUGAGGAAAAUGUCGGCAGUUCCUAAGAAGGAUUAAGAGAUUCAAACAAAAUUUAUUUUACAAUUAUUGUGUUUGAGUCAUAACUUUUGUUUUUCCUUUUUCACAAAAAGGAAAUGCUUAUUCUUGCCCUAGGAGGUAGGAGUUAAUAAGAGUAUUUAAUUAUUCA